UAAGUCAUGCUUGUGAGUUUCAUCACUUAGUUUAUCUAAAGAGCCUUUGUACCAUCAAUGUACACAUGUCUGUUUCGGAUUCCAUGACAACAUGAUGGUCUUUUACAUUUGGUGUUUGUUUUAUUGUGACAGGAAAGCUGAUGAACAUCCACCCGUCCCUCCUGCCUUCAUUCAAGGGGGUGAACGCCCAGAAACAGGCUCUCCAGGCUGGGGUGCGGGUCAGUGGCUGCACGGUCCACUUUGUAGCAGAAGAGGUGGAUGCGGGUGCCAUUAUCGUGCAGGAGGCGGUGCCCGUGCUGAGCAGCGACUCAGAGGAGAGCUUGUGCGACAGAAUCAGAGAAGCUGAGCAUCGAGCCUUUCCUGUCGCUCUGGAUUUGGUGGCAAGCGGCACGGUGAAACUCGGAGAAGACGGGCACAUCGUGUGGAAAUCCAAUCCACAGAGUUAAAAAACAAACCCAGAUGAAUGCCACUUUCCUUCUGUUACCUAAAACUAGUUCCACACAAUUGACAAAGCAUCAAACAAGGUCAAGAUGGUCACUUUUUACUGUACUAACACCUGCUAACUGUCCUUUCUUUUUCAGACUGUCAUGCUAGAUGGAGAUAGGUAGAUUUCCGUGGGAUGCUUAAAGCUUGCAUGCAUCCAUUUCAACAUCUUGUGCUUCAUACUUGACCUGAAUUACAGAGUUAAAGAAAACACCCACAUUUUCAUUACUGCUAGUUCUACAAAAGAGACACUAACAGCGUCAAACAAGGUCACCUUUGACUGCCUUAACACCUGCAAACUGUCCUUUCUUUUUCAGACUGUUAUGCUAAAUUGAAAUGGGUAGAUUGUCUUAUUUUUCGUGGGAUGCUUAAAGCUUGCAUGCAUCCAUUUAAUAGCAGCAUUUCAACAUCUUGUGUGAAGAGGCCUCAUACUUGACCAAAGUUACAUUCCAAUGGUUUAUUUUUAAUCAAUGUUAGUUGCACUGGAAUUGACCUCCUAAUAAAAGUCAUAUUUGUAAUGCUGAUGGAUUCUAUUAGUAUAAUAAUAAUGCAUCUUUGAAUGUCUGUGUAGUUGUUAUUUCAUCAUUAAACCUGCAUCGGUGAAUGCAUUAAAAA